CGCUAACUGGGCACACUUGUACGCGAACACAACAAGAUGGCGAGAGUCUCGUCUGCAAAUUGAAUAGAAAAAAUCGCAAUAAAACGUGAAAAAUAAUUGAUUAAAUAUACAUAAAAGUGUCAAGCGGCCGCAAUAACAAGCUGAGCGUAUAUUGCUCGCUUUUUGUGUAUGCGGCAGCAUCCGAUAGCAAGUUGCGAAAGUUGCUACGCUGUCUGGCCUUGUUGUUGCUGCUGCUGCUGCUACUUUGUUGUUGUUGUUGGGAGUGUGUGUGUGUGCCUAACUAACUGACUGUGUCCUAGCUCCUUCGCCUCUGCCGUUUUGAUCUCUAAAAUGAUGAACAACUACGGCAACAUAAUGAUGGACUCACCCAGAUCCUCGCCGCACGGCGGUCGCUCGCCUGUGGUGGCGCGACAGGACUCGUCGGGAACGCUGAAAACGACGAUAUCUUUGGGUAAGACGCCGACGAUAAUACACACGGGUCCAUUCUACUCGAUGAAGGAGCCACCGGCGAAAGCUGAGUUAACGGGCGACAAGGAUCUCAUGACCGAAUAUGGACUGCAUCACACGCUGACCAAAUUUAAGGAAAAGAAAUUUAAGGAAUCCCUGGCAUCCUUUCUGCCCAACAUACCCGGCAUCAAUGACCUCAUCACGCAUCCCGUCGAAAAUAGCACGCUGCGCAGCGUCAUCGAAAAACCACCAAUCGGUGGCAAGGAGCUACUUCCAUUGACUGCAGUGCAGUUAGCCGGCUUCCGAUUGCAUCCAGGACCGCUGCCGGAACAGUACCGCACCACAUAUGCAACACCUGCGCGUAAACACAAAAACAAGCACAAAAAGCACAAACACAAAGACGGAAUUACCACUGGGGGGCCGGAGUCAACGCUGCUGGAUUCUGCUGGCCUGGAGACGUACGAGAAGAAGCACAAAAAACAAAAGCGCCAUGAGGAUGACAAAGAACGCAAGAAACGCAAAAAGGAGAAAAAACGCAAAAAGAAGAAUCAAAGCCCCGAGCCAGGCGCGGCACUGGGCAUCGGUCUUCCCAGCGGCGGCGGAGCUGUCGCAGCUGGCAUGGGUGGACCAGUGAUGGGUGCCACCGCUGGCAUGUCCAAUCCAAUGGCAACAGGUGGCGUGGGCGUUGGCGUUGGCAUGAAUGCGGGCAUGGGCCUUAACAGUUUUCCCACGUCGCUACAAAUGCAACAACAGCUCCCCAUGCAGCAUCAGCAGCAACAAAUGCCCAGUGGGGCGUUAUUGGGCUCUGUAUUGGGCACCGGUGGCGGUGGCGCUGGAGGCAGCGCUGGUAACGCCAGUGGCGGCCCAGGUAGCUUAUUAAUGUCACAGUUUUAGGCGAAAUCCAUUAGUUAAUAGACUUGGCUCAUUACCUCUCACAAACAACACACACACAUAGCCCACACAUACACACAGCAUAAGCAAAAACAAAACAAAUGUGUCACUAAUGCACACUAAAUGCAAUUUCUCGAUAAAGUUUCGUGUCUAGUUUUUAAUUUAUAAUUAUGAUUAUUGUAAAAUAGUUUUAUAUUGUAAUUAGCAAACUUUUCGUUCGUUUUACAUUGCUAGCUUAAUGAGAUUUAUUUAAUGCAAAUUAUGGUACAAAAUGCAAAAUUUUCGCUCUAGAUUCCAGUAAUUACCCCUCCAUCCCAAGAACCACUACUGUACACAUAUAUAUAUAUAUACCAUAUUUUACUUGCUUGCAGUUAUUCCUUUCGAUGGUCCAAAUUAUUUUUGCUUACAAUUUGGUGUAGCUACAGUAUUUUUCUUUAUUUGCAAUUGUUUGUUCUUCCAGCAUGUUUGUAAAAAAGAAAGUAAGCUGAGAUUCAACAAAACAAAAACCUGUACUAUAAGUAAUUAAUUGUAUAUGUAAGCGCCAAAUACAAUAAUAAACGGCAUGAAAGUGUUA